CAGCCGGUGGCACAGUGGGAGGUCAACCACGGAAGGAGUCUAAACUAGGCGGCUUAUACUUGUGUCUGCUCCGUGGAGAUGUUGUAAACACUUUGUGAGACUUUCCUCAGCCCAUGAAUGCAGCUGUAAAACCCUCCACACCGUCACAAUGUGGAAACCCGCCGGCGGAUCAAUAACCACCUUCAGCCCAGCAGCAGGACCCCGCGCUGCUGCCGCCGCGGUCACCUGUCUGCUUGUGACCGGGAUGCUGGUCGUCACCGUCGGGCACCCGAGCAGCGGCGACCCGGUGGAGCCUCCAGCCGCAGCGGGUAACGGGAAAGUUUUCUCGGCGUAUUUCAGGAAACUGACCCGGGAGAGGAGAGCGAUAAGCGCCCCCCCGCGGGGAAGCGCUCCCCCCGGGCCGGUAGAGCAUCUCUCUCCGGCCGACCUGUUCAUAGCGGUGAAAACCACCGGGAGAUAUCACCGGCAGAGACUGGAGCUCCUGCUGGACACCUGGAUCUCCAGAAACAUGCAACAGACGUACGUGUUCACUGAUGGAGAGGACGAGAAGCUGAGGGAAAGGAUGGGAGCUCACCUGAUCAACACCAACUGUUCAGCAGCCCACAAUCGUCAGGCCCUCUCCUGUAAAAUGGCUCUGGAAUAUGACACCUUUAUUAACUCCGGCAAGAAGUGGUUCUGUCACGUCGACGAUGAUAACUACGUGAACGUCGGCUCCCUCCUGAAGCUCUUGUCUCAGUUCAGUCACACACAGGACGUUUACAUUGGCCGGCCGAGCCUCGAGCGCCCAAUAGAGGCCACGGAGAGGCUCGGAACCACUGACAUGAAGCAGGUGCGUUUCUGGUUCGCCACAGGAGGAGCAGGAUUCUGUCUGAGCCACGGCCUCGCUCUCAAGAUGAAACCCUGGGCGAGUGAUGGCACUUUCAUGGUGACAGCUGAGCACAUUCGUCUCCCGGACGACUGCACCGUUGGUUACAUCGUGGAGGCGCUGCUGGGCGUGAGCCUCAUCCGUUCAGCGUUGUUCCACUCUCACCUGGAGAACCUGGGGCUAGUGUCAGACAUACACAGCCAGGUGACGCUCAGCUACGGCACAGUGGAAAGCAGCAGAAACACUGUCAACCUGAAAGGAGCAUUUUCAAUAAACGAAGAUCCCACGAGGUUCAGGUCGGUCCAUUGUCUGCUGUACCCAGACACUCCUUGGUGCCCCAGCCCCCGGCGGCUUUAACAACCCAUCCAGGGACACAGGGAGACUGAUGGAGGAGAAAGAGUAAACGUGUGACUAAACUCAAUGUUCUCUGUUCGAGGAGGAAAUCAUUGCAGACAUCCAAGAGUCUUACUGCUGCCCUCUUCUGGCUCUGAAACGUGGACGUAAACGUUUUCCUCCAUCCAACAGCGGUCUGAGUAGCAGACUGACUUUUUAGGUAGAACUACAGUUUUAUUAGUUUGACACCUGAACUCUGUUUGGUGUCAAAAGGCAGCAAGAGAAAGAGACCAAACUUCCUCGAUGGAUGGAAAAAUGGAGAGACAACUUUGCUGUUCUUAGAUCCUGAAGAUCUAAAGUUUGACCUGAGGGUGGCAAAAGGGUUCAUCCUCUGUGCGGUGGACAGCUCCAAAUGUAGAGCAGAGUCUCUAUCUAAGGCUCAGCUGUCUAAGCUCAACAUCCAUCAGCUUUCUGUAGCUUGUUUCAUCAUUUUCUUUCAGUUUUGAUAACACUGUACUCCCCAACCUAACCGGGAACACAGCAACAUAGCUACAGCUAAGUCAGAUGGGGCGUGGCAGUCAGACCACCUGACUGUUUUUGUAAGGACUUAAACAAAUAAGAUGUAACAUGUUAAAUUAGAGAGCUUUAGAGUGGCUACAAGAUACAUGUUGUUACCUUUUUUCAAAGAGCAAAGCUAGACGUGUCGCCGUCCCCAUCUUUGUGCUAAGUUAAGCCAACCAGCUGUAGCUUCAUGUUUAAAGAACAGACAUGAGAGUGGUAAUAAUCUUUUCAUCCAUCUCUCGUCAAAGUUGAACCAGUAAGUCAUCUCUAAACCACCAUAAACUCACUGUUUGACUAAUCGGGGAGUUUCUUGCCCCUUCGAAACGUCUUUUUUUUUUUUAAGAGAUCUUACCACAUUCGUACGAUUACCUCCAUCGUAGCAAUUAACCUGUUGAGUGCAGUGUUAUUAUAGAGAAGACAAAUGAUGGCCAAGUUGUAAUAAAUCGGAAUUAUCCUUAACUGCAGUGUUGGAUAAGUGGAAAUACUGACAUGUUUGUGGUGCUGGAUGGAAAGUCAGAGAAGGACCAAAGGCCGUGAAUGUGAACCGCCAUGGCUAAAGAUGAGACGGAUUUGAAUGUAGAUUUAUUGCUGUAAUCCCACUUUUCCACCAUCACAUACAGUCCUAUAUUAAUAGUACAGGAGUUGGAUCCGCUCAAAGAGACUCUAAACUGAUGCUGUUCAAUGCUUUUCCCUCACAAUCUUGUACAUUUCCUGUGUCUUGGCUCCAAUUUCUCAGCUGUGAAAGAUGUGAUAUAUGAAAUAUGUUAUUUGAUUGCCCAUCUGCACCCCUACAGGCUCCAGUGUUAAACAGUUUGGAUUCAAAACAUGAAGUGAUCAACACAGAAAUGCAGAAGGAACAUUAAUUUCAGCAUGAUGUGGCAAAAAGCAUCAGGAAGGAUUUCGAUGGUUUUAGAGACUCCAGACUCUUUAUCUGAAGUUCUCUUCUGUGUUCAGUAUUAUCUUUUCUCUCUCUCGCAUUGUUUUAUUUCUGCUGUUUGCAAUUCAUCAUAUGACACAAACAAGAUAUUAGAAGAAGAAAAUCCACGUUUUGGGAAAUGCACUCAUUGAUUUUCUUGAUUAGAGUUAGAUGAGAUGAGUGAUACCACUGUACGCUAUAUAUGGAGCUACCAGUUAGUUUAGCCAACGGGAAACAGCUAACCAUGUCUUUCUAUCCGAUAUAACUCCUUUGUAAAACCACUUUUUACACUUUUACGUGGUUUUUAAACUUCAGUUUGUGUACAGGUUAAACAAAGAAGCCAUAACAUGUUAAUUAGGUAGCUUUAGAGGUGCAGACUUAGUUACCCUCAUACAAAACGAGGCUUGCCGUUUCCUCAUCUAGUAAGGCCUCUGUUAUACCAAAUAUUUUUCCUAAAAGGUGGCGAUCACCUGGUUGUAUCCAUUUAAAUGGGUGGAUUACCAUUGUUAAGGAUUUGAAACGUUAUACAGUAGCGGUGUAACAAAGAUAUCCCCAUUGAGGUUUUAUUGACAAAUGACUCAUGUUGGGUCGUCUUCUAUCUUUCUGUGCAUUGAAAGCAGUUGUUACAACUGACUGAAAGUCAUUAAGUUAAAUUCUGUCCCUUGUUAAACGAAUGUAUAUGAUGAACCGUUGCUUCUGAAGCGUACAUGCUUUCUCCAGUAUCUGGACUGUAUGUAGACAUUAUGGUUGAACCUAAUAAAAACAGUUUUUAGUCAAAUA